UCCUCAUAAAACUGACAAGAAACUAGAUAUAUAUAUAUCUAGAGAGAGAGUAUAUAUACAUAUAACUAAUUAAGAGAGAUGAUCAGUCCAAGAAUCCAACACCCGACCACCACCACCACCACGACGGCGGCGGCAGGUGGCGGCGGACUGCAGCGGUGGAAUUCGCCGAUACCGUACCUGUUCGGGGGUAUAGCUCUGAUGCUGGGAGCCAUAGCUCUGGCAUUAGUAAUUCUGGCUUGCUCUUACAGAAAUUCUUCCGCCACGUCAUCAUCUUCGGAAUCGUCGAAUGAGAAGUCGAAGAAACACGUGGACAGUUUACAGGCUGAAGCAGAACACAGAAUAGUGGUGAUCAUGGCCGGAGAAACUAACCCCACCCAUCUCGCUAAGCCAAUCGCCGCCGCCGCCGCCAGGCGAAUUGAAGAACAAGUUUGAUACAACUUUUAUUUAUUUAUUUAUGGCAUUUAUUUAUUUAUUUUUUAUUUUCAUUUGAGUAUCAUAGGUUAGUGUAUAUACAUGCUAUUUUUGCUACCUAUUUUAAUUAUAUAGACAUUAGAGUUUAGAUAGGUUAAUUAUUUGUUUGGAUUUUUUUUUUAAUUAUUUGUUGAGGAAAUUGUAAUUAUAUAUAUUAAUAUCAUUAUUUUUGUUUUCUAUAUCUUUAUACUAUAGAACAGAAAGUUCAAAUUUGUACUUGUGAAUAUCAAAAAGAAUUAUGAGAUUAGUCGAUAAAAUUAUAAUUUUGCUAAUGGUCUUUGUUUACGAGAUUAGUCGAUGAAAUUCGAGGCGUAUUGGACAUGUUAGAAAAUAUAUUUAAAUCUCUAUA